ACAGCCUCUAUGGGUCAUCAAAAGUCCUCGGCGACCUGACAAAAUAGCACCACCCAUGGUAAAUAAAUCAAUCGACUAGAACAGAACACAUGACGGGGGCAAGGGCGCGGUAAAAAAAGUGCGCCAUAGUCAUAAGGAACAACACCGUGUAAGACAGUCUACCACAGCGCUUGAACCAAGAAAAACCUCCACAAAAUGUCGGGAGAGGGCAUGGAGAUGAAACACAGGAUGUCAGGGGAACAGAACGGCUCCAUAGCCGCCAAAGAGCCUCCCGGAGUGGAGACCAUGCAGCUCAAGAAGCGGGUGGGACUCUUCAGCGGCGUGGCGCUGAUCGUCGGGACGAUGAUCGGUUCGGGAAUCUUCGUGUCGCCGAAGGGCGUGUUACGAGAGGUCGGAGGCGUCGGCCCGAGUCUGCUGGUCUGGACCGGGUGCGGAGUUAUCUCUAUGAUGGGAGCCCUUACAUACGCCGAGUUGGGUACCAUGAUAACAGAGUCCGGUGGCGAGUAUGCCUACUUGUUCAAAGCCUUCGGACCCAUCCCGGCCUUCCUGUUCCAGUGGACGAACGUGAUCCUGCUCAAGCCGUCCUCUCUGUCCGCCAUCGCUCUCAGCUUCGCCAUCUACGUGGGGCAACCGUUUUACCCGGCAUGCGUUGUUCCUGACGCAGUUGUCAAGUUCCUGGCAGCCGUCUGCAUCGUUUUGGUGACAGCCCUGAACUGUAUAAGUGUGAAGGUGGCCGCCCGUAUCCAAGUCUUCUUCACCGCUAUCAAGGUGUUAGCCCUGGGUGUCAUCAUCGGCGUCGGCAUCUACUCUCUGGCCAUAGGCAACACCACAUGGCUCAGCCCGGACAAGGCCUUCCAGACCGGGCACACCAUCACCAUCUCUGACAUCGGUCUAGCGUUCUACCAGGGGCUAUGGGCUUACGAUGGAUGGAAUAACCUCAACUUUGUGACGGAGGAGAUCGAGAAUCCUGUCAGAAACCUUCCGCUGGCCAUCAUGAUCAGUAUCCCACUCGUCACCCUGCUGUACGUGCUGGCUAACGUGGCUUACUUCUCCGUCAUGACUCCCUCCGAGCUACUGGCGUCAGGAGCAGUCGCAGUGACGCUGGGAAACAGAUACCUGGGAGUGAUGGCAUGGAUAAUCCCGUUUUCCGUAGCCUGCUCCACAUUUGGCGCGUGUAACGGAUCGGCCUUCUCUGGGGCGAGGUUGUGCUACACGGCUGCGCGGAAGGGCCACAUGGUGGAGAUCCUGUCCAUGAUUCACGUCAAGCUCCUGACGCCUUCUCCGGCCCUCAUCUUCAACUCGUUCAUCGCCCUCAUCAUGAUCAUCCCGAACGACUUUGACGCCAUCAUCAACUACUUCAGCUUCGCGGCCUGGAUGUUCUACGGCGGGACGUGCCUGUCUCACAUCGUCAUGAGGUUCACUCAACCUGACAACGAGAGACCCAUCAGAACGCCGAUGAUUUUCCCUGCCCUGGUCGUGCUCGCCUCCCUGUACCUGAUUGUGGCGCCCAUCAUCAGCGAGCCGGACCUGUGGUACCUGUACGCCGCCAUCUUCAUCCUCGCGGGACUCCUCUUCUACUUCCCGUUCGUCCACUUCGACUACCACCCUCCCUUCAUGAAGUACAUCACCAUAUUUCUGCAGCUCCUGAUGAACGUUUCGCCCCCCACCGAAGCGCCGAAGGACGUAUAACACGUCACCGAGACAAACAGACUUAUCAUGGAUACACCCAGCAUACUUGUGUCGUCAACGAUUAUUUGAAUAGUUUAUAAUUAACGUCUCGUUAACUGUAGAGCAAAUACCCAACACUCUGUACAUAGUAUAAUCUAAACUGGGUGCAACCAUCUUAUGUAAGGCAGGGGUGUAUAAAACAUCAACAUUAUACUAUGACCAAGGAGAAUCUUUAUGUCCCUUUUCUGACCUGCCUUUCGUUAAGUUCUAUGUGAAUUCAGUAAGGUAAAAUCAAAGUGCACUGCCACAAAUAACGAAACCCUAGCUCCAGGAGUUCAGUAUAUAUGUAUAGAUAUAUAUGGGUAUAGGCAUAGAAUGAUCUUGUAAUGUUCGAAUAUAAUGGGGUCAGUGGUCAAACUUACUCCCGUGCCUUGCACGAAGCACAGGGACUUUUUUUUUCUUUGGAUAGAUAUUGUAGAUAUCGAUAAGUAUUUACGUCAUAGAGUGGUUGUUAAAAGUCGUCAUCUCAUGAUCAUGAGAGACACAUUUGAAGGUAAAGUGCUACUUUGCCACAGUUAUACCUCUGGAGUAGUAUAUAGUACUUGGUUUGCGAGAGAAAUAUUUCCCUGGAAGUGAUAAAUGUCUGCUAUCAUUGUACCUCAAUAUUUUGGAUGCUAUAAAAGUGCUCAAAACACAUAAUGUGUCAAGUGCAGGACAUGACAAGAGAUGCCAUCAAAACAUAGGAGAAAUAUUGUUGUGCUGAUAAGUUAUCAUUCUGAGACGUAUGACCGAACAAUCUGUCUAUAACAAUGAUUAAAUGUUCUAAGUGUCAAAGCA